GACGCUCUGGGCUCGGCCGGCAGCAGCAGCACCCGGGCUUCCUCUGUCAUCGAGGUGGAGGCUGAACUGUCAGAACAGCUGCCACGUAAAAACAAGGAAAAGGAAGAGGAAGAAGAGGAGUUGACGUCACCUAUUGCUGCUCCUACUCUGUCCAUCACUGAGGAGAUCCUGGAGUUCAUCAACCAGAGCAGAGCCAGGGAGGGACUCGCCUCCAUCCGCACCGACACAACGGAGCAGGUCCUGGAGGAGCUCAAGGAGAGUCCGACUCCAGCUUACCAGACCAACUUCACCUGCCCACUGCCCCCAGCCGCCUGCCCCUCCAGCCCAGUGCAGAGGACCUCAGGGCAGGAAGAGAGGGGCAGCCCAGUAGUGGAGGAGGACAGCGCCCUCCACAGUCUGACCGGGGGCUCUGCGGAUGAAAUUAGACUUGAAAAUGAGACUGAGGUCAAAGAAAUUCCAGAUGCCACAAGUGAAGUUGAAAUGGUCGUGGAGGCAGAUGAAGAGAAACAAGGAGAAGGUUUAGAAACAGACAAAGAUGAGAAUAAAGCUUUGGAUGAGGAGGAGGGUGUCAGCCCUGCUCCAGGAUCCGAUCUUCAUCCCUCCGCCUCAGCAGAAGAAAAGAGAGAGAGCGGAUGCAGCUGUAACUCACCCACUGAAGAGGCAAAGAACGAGGUCACAACCUCCCAGCAAAGUUCAGAUCUCCUCCUUCAGCCCAUCCAGAGAUGUCAGCCGCCCACAAGAGGCUCCCACCUCACCAAACGAGACAAGAAGAUCAUCGAAAAGAUCCGGAGUUACUACGAGGCAGCAGCCGAGGCCGAGGAGGAGGAGGCCGAGGAGGAAGGGGAGCAGGCAGAACGAGUGGCAACAAGAAGGCGGAACAGUUUCUCACAAAUCCCAUCCGGCUUGGUGAAGAAGUCUGUAUCACGCUUGGAUGUGAGUGGACACCAGGGGGAGCCAGAGAGUGGACAAUCCGUGUCUGAAACGAUCAGUGGAGAGACUUAUGAAGAGACGGAUCCCUGUUUCAUCAAUGGUCCCACCUCGUCCCCAACUCCUAUCUCAGCUGAUGGAGAGGGUGAUAGACAGGCAGAUAAACCAAUCAGCUCCCUGGAUUCGGAUGCAGACAGACCAAUGGAGACACCAACCUCUACUGUGAUGCAGGACCAGGAGACCCAAGACCAAGUUGAGACUCUACAGCAGAACCAUCCGGCUGGAGAAGAGAGUGAGACACAGGACAAAAAUGGAAAUUUCUGCAGUGGACCGUUGGAAGAAGAAGAUCUGUGGGAUAAGCAGGAAGGAAAGACCAGUGUUGUGGCUACUGGGAAGCAAGAUGGACAUUCACUGCGAGGAGAAGGACCAUCUGUUUCCAAACCAGACGACACAACAUGUCCCGAAAACCAAGCUGUGAUCAACAGCUGUGAAAAAACUGUCUCGAUAGAAUCAGAAGAAGAGCCGUCUACACCUCCACGUACAGAACAGUGUCUGAAAACUGAGACCAGAACUCAGUCCCACUGGAGCUCAUCCAAACACAGUGAGCUGGCCAAGACCAGCAGAAACCUAGAGGGUCUUCCCAGUCAGAUUAAAGUGUGUGGAUGGUCCCGCCACUCCAGGAUUGUCACCGCUAACCGGGCCUUGUUUGAGGGCAUGGGAUCGGAUGUAGCCAGUUUUGGAUUAUUUGAGUCCAAUCCAGUGGCGGACUCCGUAUUGAUAGAAAACUCAGAGCGUAUUCUGAGCAAGGUCCAAACACUGGCUAGUAUGUACAGCGCCAAAGCCAGCACCAUGAAGGUCCCGUUGCAUCAGAAGCGCGCCUUUGGGGUAUGGAACCAACUCUCUGGACCCUCUACUCAGACCCACACUAGAAGCCAGCAACAGGUUCAAUCCCUGACUCAAAAACAAAUCCCAGCUCAGUGCAGGCAGCAACCGAGACACCAAAUGGAAAUCAAUCAAUCGGAAACCAAAACUGGAACCCAUACUCAGUCUGUGACCAAAAAUCUGAGCAACACCACAACACAAUCGAGGGAACCGCCGACACAUUUCCAAAACCAGACAAAGAUCUGCAGCCAGAACCAGACCAUGAACAUGGAGAACCAGAGGAUGCAGGAAGAGAGAAUGAUGAGGAGAGCUCAGAGUCUGACCAAUGAUCUCCAGGGGACGACAACCUCUGCCUCUCACCACCAGACACAUGAAUUCACCCUCUCCAGGCCCAGGGACUUUAUCUUCGCCUUGACCAGAGAAAGAGACUCUCGGUUGGGCGUCAACUGUCCGACUUCCACCUCCCCUGUGGAAAAUCAAUCCACUGGACUAAGAGAUCAAUCAUCCAGUCAAGCCCAAGAGGCUUCUCCAGGAUCCAGACCUGGACUCAGUGCACAACCUGUCGAUCAGAGCCCUUCUUUCUGCUGCUCUGCCCCGAACAACCCCUUGACCUCCACCAGGACCCUGGAUUGUAGCGUCACCGAGUUCAGGGGCCUCUCUGCUCCUCCAGGAAGAGGAGGAGCCCUGGAUCAAAACAGAGAGCUUCAAACAGAUACUGAAGUGAGGGACAGAAAAGACGGGUUGGAGCAGAGUGCUGGACACCCUGGUUACUCCAUCAGAGAAGACACAACAUUUGUAAACAUCAUGACAGCACACAAAUACAAUCAGGACACACCAGCGACUCAAGAUAACGAAACACCAGAAUGCAAAGUUCCCACAGGGCGUUCAGACACCGAGGAUUCUUUAACCAAAGAUGUGCCGAGUCUUCAUACCGGGCCUGGACACUUGGUUUGCACAAAGAACAUGGAUAGAGAGGCAUCGCCAGGGCAGCCGGUACUCGGAGUAGCAUCUGCUCAGAGCCUGUCUCCUGCAGAGGACCAGGGCUCCAUGGUGCCUCACCUAGGAGAGCAGCCCCCCCCGCAGGAGGAACACUGCACUUCACCGGGGACCUCUGGGGCGCCAAAGAUAGAUGAGCUGCCAAGCAAUCAGAUGAAAUCCAAUGAGACAAAUAAUGGUUUAAAUUCUUCAUCACAAAGCAGGAAGAUUCUACAGGGGUCAACGCUGAUCUUCUCAGAAGAGCCGGCUUGCAGCCGAGCCUCAAGAGAACUCGUUGUUCCAGCUCCUCUGCGUCAGCCUUUGCACUUAACCUUUGACCCCUCUGUGGCUAGUCAUGCAUUCACAGAAACCCAAGAGGAUCUCAAAGCAGGAGCAGCAGCGAGGCCAUGGCGCUCUCCAUCAGUGCCGUCUACAGACCCUCUACCAACCUUCACCAGCCAGAGGGCACCAGACUUACCCUCCACUGUGGGUGAACAGGCGCCGUCCAGCUCCUGGAGUGCCAGUAGCAACACUCCAUGCGAACACAGGGAACCACACCAGCAGGACCUCACUCGUCCACCGUCCAGACCCUCCUCCGGGACAACCAGCCUGGUGGAGCGACCCAACCAAGCCAUCGCUACCCAUAGCUAUGAUACAGAACUCUCCACAGCCCCUUCAGCCUUCAGACCUAGAUUCAGACCCUCCUCUCCUUCUCCUGUUAGAAACUGCCCCACCUCCUCUCCGCUUCCGACUUCCUCUUCUGCUGUGCGAGCACCUCCUUGCUCCUCAACAUUCAGGGUCGUUCCAGCACCUUCUCCAACCAGUGUGUCUGUAGAUGGCUUCACCUCCCCGAACAUGUUCUCCGACGCCCUUUCCUGUUUAUCCCCUACUCCCUCUUCUGGCAGGGUUUCCUCCACAAGAGUCCCACCUGCCUCAUCUCCAACACCAACUGCUUUCACCUCCUCCUCCUCCUCCUCUUCUUCUUCUUCUUCUUCUUCUUCUUCAGGGAGGUCUUCAUCAGUAAGAGCAGGCCUUCCUUCCUCCCCUACAUCGUCCUCUUCCCUCCGCUCCUCCCCAAUUGCUUCCUCCUCUGUAUUUACCAGAUCAUUAGCGGCCUCCUGCAUCAGUCAGUCUAUAAGUCAGAGUAUGGCAAAGAAGAACACUGUCCGGCAACAAGCCCCACCCAUGAAGUCAGUAAAUCAAAGGCCCUCCUCCACUCCCUCCUUACCCUCUGCUCAUCCACGACAGCGUUCCCCUUCUCCUGGACUGCCUCCCAGUCAUCAAAGUUCCAGCACACCUGCUUAUGUCAAACCAGGGUUCAACAAGGAUGGGUACCAGAAUCCAAGGUGUCCACCGUCCUCUCUCCAGUCCUCUUGUCCUUCUCUGUCCCCUCACUUGCCUCCUCAUUCUCUCUCACACCGGUCUCCUUCCCCAUCUACGAGUAUGGUCCAUUAUCAAUCUACCCACUCUUCUUCUACUUCCGUCCAUCCUUCAUUCCUUCAGUCACAAAUGGAUUCACUGCAGAAUGGAAACAACAACAAUAACAACAAGUUAGCGGGUUUAACCACAGUGACCAGCAACCUAAGUUAUACCAGCAGGGGCAUUAGUGGUGCUGAUAAUAAUGGGGGCUGGUCAGGAAGUCCACAGAAAGCGCCAUUAGCUAAUCAGAGCACUAAUUCCACAGUAAUGCAACAAACGCAUGAUUUUCUCUGGUCAGGGUCACACAACCGGGUAGCUCAGCCUUUUUCUGCAUCUGAACCAAGCUCACGGGUUCAAUCCCCAUCUCCGACCCCAGCCCCUGCUUUGUUUACUCGGCUCUACUCCCCACCUCCUCAACAUAACUUCUCCUCCCCCAUGGCAAACAAACCUCCUCACCCCCGGAGCACAAGAGCAGGGGGUACAAGUUACCAUAAUCCACUAGGCCUAACUUUAGAGCUACCCACAUCCUCCUCAUGUCUGAGCCCCUGUAUCCUUUCCCCACCUCCUAUUGGUGUGUCAGUGAAUGUGUGGACUAAUAAUGUUGCAGCGCCUCAACCGAGAAACCCCAGAUUUGCUUCUGCUUCUUCUCCUUCAUCACCCUUGUCUUCCUCAUCAAUGUUCACUUCCUCACAAGUUCCACUACACAGUUCCAGAGCCCCCUCCCCAUCUGGCCCCUGUCCCCCUGCGCCCCGAAUGACCUCCCAAACCCUCCGUAGGUCUUUCUCCUCCAACUUGGCCGACAGACCUCCAAGCCCAGUGCGGAGCAGCUCCAGUGGACUGCGUCGCUCCUGGACUGAGGGCGGUCGCAGGUCCUUUGGUUUCAGUGGAAGUGAACGAGGGUCCUUUGACCAGCAGGAGUCCUGUCCACCUAGUCCAAGGAGUGGAUGGUCCUCAUACAACAGCUCACCUCCAUGCCUCAGCCCCCAACCUGGGCUUCAAUCCCCUCUUUCACCCAGCAGACUUAGCCCAGGGAAGGGCACCCUUGGUGGGCAGCAUUUUACCAGUGUGCCUUGGCCGGAUGUCCAGGAGCUUUCGAGCAGAUAUAAUGGGACUGAUGACCUCGAUAUAAGUGUCACUACCGCUACCAUAACCUCCUCUCCUUCUCCUCUCUCUACACCCUCUCCUUCUGUCCUCUACUCUCCCACUCCAUCAGAUAGCCACAAAGAAUGGGGAGACCCAGAGCUGGAAGACGGUAACUGUCGAAGCCAAAUCAUCUGCGCCUACGUUUCCCGGCCCGCCCACGAACUAACCCUGUCCUCCUCAUGCUUGGCCCUGUCCUCCUCAGGCAUGACCUCCCCUCCACUGACCUCUCAUCAAUACCAAAGCCGCCCAUCCCAAGUCAAACCACAACCUCAGGUCCAAAUGGCCACUGAAGCCCGCUCUGCACCAUCAAACCACUCCCCCUUGCCCCAAAACCACUCCCCCUUGCCCCAAAGUUCAUCACCCUUAUCUUUUACCCACAAAACUGGGAACCUGAAGAGCAAUUACGCCACCACAGUUAACCUUCAGAUCGCUGGAAGUGGCCGAAUAACCUCGUUCAGUACUGCCCAAGUUAGCCUGACCCAAACCCUACAAGGUGGAGCCGGAGCCGGAGCCGGAGCCGGAGGAGGAGGAGCAGGUCCAGGGCAGAUGGUGAGGAGAGUAAGCAUCAAUGGACAUUCACACAUUCAAUCCCCUCUUCCUCAGAAUCAUAACAGGCUGUGAAAGGCCUUCAAAGAAACAGAUAAUGGAAAGUAAAAAGAAAUGACUAAAUGUGUGCACUUGUGAACUUGCCCUGAACGGUAGAGAAGCAAGUAAACAACAAACAUUGUUGUGUAACUGCUGGAUUUAUAGUCAGUGAUCCAAAUCAGAAUUCACUGGCUGGACUGGAACCUUGAGCUUAAAACCCUUCACUAAUCCAUCAUGGUGAAAAGGAUCUUUCUAAAAUAGCACAGGUGCUUUGUGAGUCAGAACCUCUGAGGGAUCUAUUGAGUGGUGUCGACCUGUGUGAACAUGACUUGAGGACACAGUGAACCGAUGCAUUUGGAGACAGACAUUAUACUGACUCCACGUUAUUUCUUGGCGGCUUCUGAAAAGUUUCAUACCUUAUCAGACGAUCUUUCAGGAAUUUGCAUUCUCCCACUCAUGGUUUGUAUUGUGCAAUCUGGGACUUUGAGCUGUAAUCUUCUUGGACGAGCACCAAAACCCUGAUAGCCUGGAUCUGAGUGUGAAGAGUCCGUAGAGGUGGAAUCUGGAUCGAGUUUCAAGCCUUUUCCACAGCUCUGGACUUUUCCGUAGGGGCAACGACAUUCCACAGGGAUUUUCAUGUCAUUAUUCAUUCUUUGUAAAAUCCACGAACAUGUAAUGAGAUGAAGAACAUCGAGUUUGAAUCCAACACAGACACAUCGAAGGUCCGGUCUCCAAUCUGUGCUGUGUGCAGUCAUGGUGACUUGGUGUUUUAUUAACUGUUCCUUUGUUUUUGUUUUAUUUUAUAUUCUAUUGAACAAAGUGUUAUCUGAGGUCAGUGUGUACAAUCAGUGACAACUCUGGUGAUUAUUAAUCUCUUCUUCUUAACCAUUUAAUCAUUCUUUUUAUUUUAUUGAUUAUUUAUGAAGUUAGUCUUAUUCUCUUUGGCACUUAUUAUCCUUAAAGUAAUGUUGGUAUUUUGCACAUGUGUCCUCAGCUCCUGGGUGCAUGCUUUCAGCAUUUGUGUGUGUGUGUGUGUGUGUGUGUGUGUGUGUGUGUGCGUGUGUUUCUGUGUGUGUGUGUGUGUGUGUGUCUGUCUGUGUGUGUGUGUGUGAGUGAGAGUGUGUGUGUGACAGAGUGUGCGUAUGUGUACUUGUACAGAUAUCUUUGUAAGGACCAUUUUAAUUAGUUUUGAAUUAGGUUAAGGGGUUCGGGAAUGUAUUAUUCCCAUAAGUGUCAUCGCUAAGUACAAACAUGUGUGUGCAUUUGUGUGUAAAAUGACGUGUCUGCUGAGUUGUCCUCUAACUUCAGACCAAGCUGAACCAUGUGUGUGUGUGUUUUUAAUGCUGCAUAUUGAUGUACUCAGAAGGUCCAUUGCUUCACUUUCUCCUGUCGUAACCGUGUUCGUCAGAAACCUUUUAUCUUUAGUUUCACUUGGUUUUCAAAAGCUGUAAAAGAAGGUCAACGAGGUGGAUUAUGAACAAACGUAGCAAUAAACCAGUCAACAAUCAUGUUCCACGCUUUAACAAGACAGCCUCAGGUUGUUGAUUUGUGGGACGAGCCUGUAGAGUUCAGGAGGAUCUAUCGGCCGGAAAUAAAUAUCAUCACAAAGAUGUUUUCAUUCACAUGGUAACAAGAAUCAUUGCAUUUUUUUAAACGAACCCUUUAUUUUCACAUCAGAGUCUGACAUGUUACACCGCCAUGUUUCUACAGGAGCCCAGAAAACACAAUGUAUAGAGAAGGUCUGUCACUUGUUUACCUGGAGGCCACUGUAGGAGGAGGGGGGGGGGGGGGGGGGGUUCAAUCAGAUGAGAUCUGCAAAACUGAACCUUUUAAUGUACAUGACAAGGCAACGUUUUAUUCUAUAAAGGUUACAAGGAUGAAUGUGUGGUUAAGGUUUUAAAAUAAACAAACGUUACUUUCG